GAGUCGUGUUUCUUAUGUACCAAAAUUAAUGUAAAGGUCACUAUAUUUUGCAAAGGGAAUCUAUUUUUCUUCGGUCGCUAAAUGGCUCGUUUGUUAAUUCAAUGAUAAUCAAAUCAGUGUCUUGUGCAGUCAAGUUCUUCCGGGCUUUAUAAUAGAAAUAAUUUAUUUCAUUUUUUUCCGCCCCCACCCCCUCCCCCAGCCGUUGUUGUAAUCAAGUAGGCCCUAUAGCCUUCUUUUGGUUUCUCAUCACCACGGCAUCGAUUUCCUUAUAGGCUUUAUCUUCCAUGUUAAUAGACAACAAAAAAAUCGGAUAUCAAUGAGUGCAUGAUGGGGAAAUAAAACUAUGGCCUAUAUAUAUAUAUACUUCCAAUUAUCUUGGCCAUUCGUGACUAUAGUAAGGAAUUAGUCAUUUCACGUCAAGCCUUUAUUUUUGGAGAAAAACAACACUUCUUUAAUUCAUAACGUUGACCAAGCGCGAUUGCGUGUAAUAAAAGACCUUCAGCCUUAUGCUAUAUAGGAAAAAGUAUUAAUUUGCAUUCAUGGUGCAAACAGCGGGAGGGGGGUGAUUUCUCGCCACCGCGCGCCCCCGCCCCUAUAAGAAGAUCGAGGUAAUCAGGAGAUUCUGUGGUUCCCGCAGGAGAGAAAAAAUGAGGAGCAAUAACUGAUGGCGCAUCGGACAUUUUUUUAAAAUCAAGAGCGAGAGAAGCGAGCAAACCAUGAGAAAAUAUUUUUUUAUGGUGACGUAUAAUGGCCUGGGCGUAAUCUAAAAAAGUUGAAAAAAAUGUUUCGCAUUUUCUCUCUUUUUUUUCUUGGUCGCGGAACCCCACCCCACACCAUCUAAAGAUCUACGCCAGUGCUUUGGAAUCACCCCCCCCCCCCCAUUCUCAGUCAGCCGGAGUAAUUAUGCCAAAUGUUCAGAAUCACGAUUUGCUUAUAUGAAAGUACCAUACAAUAUUUGUCAUUUAUUUUCGUGUGCUUGUUUCGUGCGUGUGCACAUUGGUUAGUAAUGGUACCGUUUUAAAACUUAUCAGCUAAAAUCGCAACGAUACGCGGCCAUGUACGUCUAGCUAGCCUACAUGAUGUACGUACGUAUUGCACGCGUGUGCGUGCGUUUAGCAAAAAAGUAAAACAAGAAAAAAAGGGAACUCAUCUCAGUCGUGGUCUCUCUCUACAAAAUGCCCUAAAAAGCAAGAACUUCAUCGAUUUGAGUCCCGAUUCUACCCAUUAAAGUGAAAGACCCAAGCGCCAUGUCGAAACGUAAGAAACCAAGCAGAGCAGUGAUAAAUUCAGACAGUUCUGCAUCGGAAAAUGAAUCGGAUCUGGAAGAGGAACUGCUUACUUUAGCCAAAAGGAAAAAGGUGGAGCCAGAGUCGGCCAAGGAAUCAACUUCGCAAAAGAGCAAUUCUGAGUCUGAGACAUCAGAAAGUGAUGAUGAUUGGACAUUGGGUGGCAACAAAAAGAAAUCCAGGAUCAAGAAGAACCCAAAGAAGAAGGUGGCUCGGUCAGCAUCUGAUGGAUCUGGGGUCAUCAGUGACUCUGACAAGUCUUCACUUGAAGAAGGAGAAGUGUCUGAUUCCGAGAGUGACGAUUCCGAUUCUGGUUCUGAUGAUGAGAAGUUCUUUGAUGGGUACGAUGAGAACUUCAUCGGGGAUGAGGAGGAUAGGGCGAUGCUGGAGAAGAUGACAGAGAAGGAAAGAGAACAAGUCAUCUACAACAGAUCAGAGAAGAGAGAUGCCCUAAGGACAAGGUAUGAAAUUGAAAGAAAGCUCAAGAAAGAGAAGAAGGAGCGCAAGAAGCAGAAGCGUGAGGAAAUGAUGAAACAAGCUGCCAGUGCACCGUCGGCUGCCGCUGCUGCUGCCGCACCCACUCCAAACAGUGCUGUCAACGUCUACAACAGCUCCAGAGAAAACCGUAGCAAGGAAAGGAGACAGACCAUUGAAACUAAGUAUGACAAGAAAGCAAGAGCUAUAGAGGAUCUCAAAGCCCUCAGGGAAAAAAAGAAGAAAUCAGUUGAGAAUGCACCCUCAAGGAAGGAACUCCUGAAAGCCAGUGAUGUGUACACAGACGAUGAAGACGACGAUGAUGACGAUGACGAGGAAGAUGAUGAUGAGGAGAGGAAGGAAGAUCCAAGAUCGUCCGAUCCAAGCGAUGCUUCUUCUGAAGCUUCAGACUCGGAUAGAGAUGAUGACGAUGAUGAGCAGAUGACCAUGUAUGUUUCUACCAAGGAGGAAUUGAACAGGAUCAGAUUAACAAGGAAUAAAAUGGAAAAGUGGGUUCAUAUGCCCUUUUUUCCCCACACAACGAUUGGCUGCUUUGUACGUAUUGGCAUUGGACAGAAUAACGGCAGGCCUGUUUAUAGAGUGGCAGAAAUAAUUGAUGUAGUAGAAACAGCCAAGGUAUACCCUCUUGGAAGCACACGUACAAACAAAGGUCUCAGACUGAAAUAUGCUUCACAAGAACGUGUCUUCAGAUUGGAAUUUGUCUCAAAUCAGGAUUUCACAGAUACAGAGUUCAAGAGAUGGCAUGAAGAUAUGAUCAAUGGAGAUUAUGACCUGCCCACCAUCAACGAUGUGGAGAACAAAGAAGCAAUAAUCAAGAGGGCGCUCAACUACAAAUACAAAGAAGAAGACAUUGAAAAGAUUGUUCAUGAAAAGGAAAGAUUCAGGAAAAACCCAAGGAACUAUGCAAUGAAAAAGACAGAGCUGAGGAAAGCGAGGGACCAAGCAUUAAUAGAAGGAGACGAAGACAGGGCCAAAGGUUUAUCUCAGAAGCUGACAGACCUGGAAGAGAGGGCUCAGGAACUGGACAGGAUCAGAAACCGUGAAGUCAAUGCAAUCACGUACAUCAAUCAGAGGAACAGAAAUAGGAAUAUUGCAGAGUCCGAGGUGGCCAUGAAAGAAGAAAUCAAAGAGAUUGAAAACGCCCCACCGGAUCCCUUCACACGCAGGCAUUGUAGACCACAGCUAGUGACAAAGGCGCGUGAAGACACGGCAGAUAUUCUCAAGAGACUGGAAGAAGAGAGGCUUAUGCAGGAGAAGGCCGAAAAGGAAAAGAGAGAACAAGAGGAGAUGAAGAAAAGAAGGGAAGAAGAUAUCAUUGCCUCACUGACCCAGGAAGCAGUCCCGGCAAAGGUCGCAGAUAGGAAGGUAUCCGAGGAUCUCUUCCAGGCCCAUGACUUUGACAUUAAAAUUGACCUCGAUGUUUCUAUACCAGAAUCCCGACCCAUCUCUGCCGUCAAUUCGGAGAGAGACCCUCAAGGUGCUCCUCGGAGGUCCCUCAACCUGGACGAGUACAAGAAGAUGAGAGGACUGAUCUAACUCCACCUUAACCAUCCAUGGGGAGUGGUUUCAUGAAGCAUCUGGUCAGUGCUUUUCACUGACAAAUGUGCUCUCAGCCAAUCAGAUGCUAGGAUUUCAGUAGCUUAUAACACUUGUCAGUGAAGUUUCAUGAAGGAUCUUAAUAUCUAUCAGUGCUUUUCACUGGUAAAUGUGCUCUGAGCCAAUCAGAUGCCAGGAUCUCAGUAGCUUGUAACAAUAGUUAGUGAAGAUCACUGACCGUUUGUUUCAUGAAAUGCUUCCUGCAGACCUUCACCAAGGACUCUUUGACCCGUGUUCUACACAACAGGGACCACAUGGCCGGAACUGAAUGCGAUAAGCUUGCUUCACCCGGUCGCCAUCCAUGAGAGAUAAUAGACUCUUGUUAUACAUAUAGUGGUGCAUCGAAGGAGGGGGAUACUUGGCAAAAUGCUGACAACUUGGGUUAAAGAAUCAUCCUUCGGAACGCGAGAUUGAUAUCAGAGGAUUAAAGCAACUGCAAAUUGGAAACAGUCACCAAUACAUCCAGAUUCUUGUUGGUGCCCUGUGCGUGCUUUUGGUGUAUUUAGAAAGAAUUUCCUCCAUACCAAGUGGGUUAUGUAUUAUGGUUUUCGCGUUCGGACAGUCGUAACAUGUACUGUCGAAACGAAAGGAAUUUUGUGAAUUACUUCGUCCCUGUAUGUUUGUGCUGUGUGUUAGAACUGCUCAAAACUGAGUCAAGCAGCUGGACUUUACAAAUCUUUUGAGCUUGUAAAUCAUUUACUGGUAAAUGAUUGAAAUUAAGAAGAAGAUUAGUCUUGCAUUUCAUUCGUCUGGUUCCCGUUAACACUUAUCUUUAGGCAUGUGUGCAAGGAAUCUCUCUAAGCAAUAGACAAGAGCAUGUUCUGUUUACCUAAUCUACCACUUUGUUGAAAUUUUAAUUUCAGACAAUACCAGGGUUAUUUUGACAUCAGUUUUCACAAUGUUUGCUAUAUUUUUCAUGUAUUUUAUCUUCAUUGCCAGAUAAAACCUCAAGAAUUUGUCACUUAAAUUUAUUUUCUUUUCCAAUGUUAUUUCAGAGGAAAUGUUUGAAUAUUCUUUCUGAAUGGAAAUUUUUCAUUUUCAUCCAUUAUAACUAGCAAUCUAUUUCUGUAUGUUCAAAUAUUUUAGCUCAUUUUGGAUUUUUAUAUUUGAUUCUUGGAUUUAUACCAAAAGGGUUUGUUGUUAGUAUGUGUUUAAUGAGCAGCUUCUUCAGUUUCGAGAAGGAAUACAUUGAUACAAUAUUGACAGCCUCAAUUGAUUUUGACACUUUUGAAAAAUACAAGUAUUCAUGAUAAUGGACAUCUGUGCAUAUUUGGUCUAUGAUUUAUUUCAAAGUUAAAUUCUUAAAGGAUUGAUACGGACAACAAAACUCGAACACAAAGCUCAGAACCAUUUUAUGUACAAAACCAAGAUGAGGCGUAAAAGAUUAUCACAAAUGUAGGAGAUUGACUUGGGGUCGGUCCUCUGUCUCCACAAGGCUGUUAACCAAUCAAACUCUUUAAUAAGUUAGUGCAAAUUCAUAUAUGUCUUCAGUUGCGUGGAUAUAGGCCAUGGCAUCGUAACGGCAUAAUUAAGAUAUCAAGACUCUGCAAGAACUAAGGAUAAUAUCACCAUGUCUUACAUGGCUUUAUAGACCACAAUUUUAAAUGUACAUUAAAAAAAUUUUAAUGUACAUGGACAGUUUAUUUCUGAUCUUGUGAUUUGGAUAUAAAAAAAUUUACUGGAGUUAUUACAUUGAACAUAACAAAUGCUUCUGAUGCAAAAUUUGUCGUUUUUUUUUUUGUAGAGAUACGUAAGAUAUACUUCUGUUUCCUGAAACUUUAUUGCACUACAGACAGUACUGCAAUAUAUAACCACUCAUAAAUCUGACACAAACUUGCAGCCAAAAUUUGUGAUACUUCAGUAUGUAUAAUGAGAGUAUUUGUACUAAGAAACCCUGCAACAAAACAUCGACAAUUAGACAGAUAUGAUCACUUCGUAGAAAAUUGCUUUCCACUGAUAUUUUUUCUAGGAAUAUUCUCCCUGACUGGUAAUGAAAGUGUUGAAGCUUAUAAACUAUGCUAUUUAGUUACCUUUUCCCCACACAAGAUUAGGAGGAAUUCAAUAUGCACUUUUGUUCAACAUAAUCCUUUGAAUGUUUUAUUCGCUGUGCCAUUGCAUCCUGAAAUUCCCACAGGAGAUGGCCAAUUUCGCAAUUAAAAUAUAAGUAUAUAUAUGUUCAAAGAACUAUUAUUCACUAAUUUAUCAUCAGUGUAAUCUUGAAUCAGAUAUCCUGUUUGAUGUUAAAAUAUAAAAUAGGCAAAUAUAGAGGUGACUUAAGUGGUAAUGCCAUGUUCCCCCUGAAGGUGAUUAAUUUGCUGAAAAUGUUUUUGUUUCUUGUAAAGAAUUUGACAAAUUGGGCAUUGUCAUAAGUUAUACAUAACUAUUGCAAACAUGACACAUCCCGCAACCUCAAAAUGCUGCAUUUCUCUAAAUGCUCAGAUUAAUGGCACUAUGAGAAAUUUUCAUUGAUACGGAAAUUCAAAGUGUCCCAAGUUCAUUUUCUAUCAUAAACAUACAUAAUCCCAGUGGGAUAUAUGCAUGCAAUGAACUGUAAAGUAAUUUUUCUUUUAUUUGACAUGUAAGGGCCAGUAUCUUAACAAGCCGUUGUUUCAUGUGUAUCUGCUCAGCAUGCUAAAUAGGGUGUGAGAUUACUUUUAAUUUUGGCCAUAUUUGUCAUUGAAAUCAUCAGAAUAAAGGCUCAAGUAAACAUCUAAAGCUUCCAAAGCCAAAGCUAUGUCGGGAAUAGUUGGGAUGAUUUCAAUCAUGAAAAUGCCCCGAAUUGAAAAUUCAAACUAGCUUUGCAUGUGGACAUGUGCAUCAAGAGAAUAGGCCAUUGCUUGACCCUUCUUGUUCCAAUCUGCUGUUUUCAUUUGUUUAUAUUUGAUGGCCAUUUAAUACUAUGUUGAAACUUGAAUGGAAGUUUUCUAGUCUGGAAAUUUUUGUUUGAAGAUUACCGUCCAAAAUGGAUAUCAUUUGAGAAUUAGUUUGUACAUUUUGUAAAGAUAAGUGUUGUUUGUUCCAUUUUUUAACAGCACGAUUCAAGUUUAUUAAUUAUUCUCAGCAUGUGGAAAUUAACAUCUAAAGUAUACAAUGAUGUGAUGGAAGGAACUUUUAUUUCUCAAGUAUGAACAAUAGCCUUAUGUGAGUUUACCCCCAACGAACUGCAGUGUUGACGCCCUUUACGUUCGUCGGUCUACCCGAUGUAAGAUUGCAGUUAAGAACUGUAAAUUUUAAAAAAGUCACAGCAUUUUAUUCAAAUCUGGAAUCGUUAUUGAUAUGGUAAAGUAUAUGACAUAUCAUUAGUCCUCUUAUUAUUUGCGUAGCUACAUGAAUUAUCAGAUAUUUUGAUAUUCUGCUUGAGAAAGUAUAAACCACCUCAACUUCUAAUGGUAUGUGUAAGAUAUUCAAUGAUACAAGGGGAAACACCCAUGCAUCUAGCAAAAAAAAAGGAUACUUGAGAUUUCUUACAUCAGCCCAUGUCUUGCAUACUGCCCAUGUUAUCGAUACUGGUCACUUUCAUAUAUGAAUGCAAGAAUUUUGAAAUGCUGCGACUUCCUCAUCAUACAUCGAAGAUUGAUGACAGUUUAAUUGUAUGAUACCGACUAUAAAGAUUUGACUCAAACUGAUUUUAAGGGUUGACUUGGACUUUUGAUCUAUCUUCAUAUUUGAUUUUGAUACAAGCUUUGUUUGGGACAUUUCAGUGUGCAAAGAAUGUGAUGAGUGUGGUAUACCCUGUAUAUGUAUCAGUGAAGGUCAUAGAAAGUGUACUGUACAUACAUUUGUAGAAAUAAACCACUGUUUUUAUAUGAAUACCUGUAUAA